GUUUCGGCAGGUGUCGCUGUUACAAGUGAUGUGAAGAAGACGUAGACACGUGAGAUGGAGUAAAAAGAAAACUGUUGUAAACUACUAUACGAAUACAGAGUCAUUAUUACAAAUACACAACAGAACCCACGCCUCCAGGAGAGACUGCGACCUGAACGCAGCGCCUUAGACCCCUCGGCCAUCCUGACUACAGCUGAUGGGAGCCUGAUGCACCACAGGGAAGCCAAAAGCAGAUACAGAGAGUAAGGGAAGCUGGCCAUGCUAAUAGAGGUGGUGGAUUCACAGAGUGAACCUCACUCCUGGUAUCUGAUCUGGCCAAAAUGGUGGACAGUGAUGCCCCACACGCAUCCCACGCGGCGUUCGACUCCUUCCUCCAGGCCCAGACCUGCAAGGAUAUUCUGGAGAAUUUCUCCACACUCUGUCACCACCUGAAAAUAGAUUCUCAGGAUCACCGGAGCUUCUACCCCAAGCUGAAGGAAAGACUCAACUACUGGAAGGCCAAGGCACUCUGGGCCAAGCUAGACAAGCGGUCGGCACAUGCAGACUAUGGGCAAGGCCAAGUAUGCAAGGGGAACAAGUGCCUCGUUCUGGGCGCCGGUCCCUGUGGUCUGCGAACUGCCAUUGAGCUGACCCUGCUGGGGGCCAAGGUGGUCUUACUGGAGAAGAGGGAUGCUUUCUCCCGCAACAAUGUACUGCACCUGUGGCCCUACACCAUUCACGACCUGCGUGGGCUCGCUGCCAAGAAGUUCUAUGGCAGGUUCUGCUCCGGCUCCCUGGACCACAUCAGUAUUCGUCAGCUGCAGCUGAUCCUGCUGAAGGUGGCGCUGUUGCUGGGGGUGGAAAUCCACACCAGUGUGGAGUUCAAGGGCCUCAAAGACCCACAAGUGAAUGACAGAGGGGUCAUUACAGGAUGGAGGGCGGAGCUCCGGCCAGAGGCUCAUCCAGUGAAAUCCUUCCAGUUUGAUGUGUUUAUCUCCGCUGGAGGGGGGAGCUUUGUUCCUAAGGGGUUCCGCAGAAAGGAGCUGCGCGGGAAGCUGGCCAUCGGCGUCACCGCUAACUUCCUCAACCGCCACACGGCUGUUGAGGCUCAGGUGGCAGAGAUCAGCGGUGUGGCUCGUAUCUACAACCAGAAGUUCUUCAAGGACCUACAAAAUGAGACUGGCAUUGAUCUGGAGAAUAUCGUCUACUACAAAGAUGACACCCAUUACUUCGUCAUGACUGCCAAGAAGAAAAGCCUGGUCAACAAGGGGGUCCUCAAGCAGGACCACAGCAGUGUGGACGAGCUCCUCUCACCGGCCAACGUGGACCAGGAUGCCCUGCUGCGCUAUGCCCGCGACGCUGCCUACUUCUCCACCGGCCGCUGCCUCCCGAAUAUGGAGUUCGCCCACAACCACGCCGGCUGCCCCGAUGUGGCCGUGUUCGACUUCACUUGCAUGUACCGGGCUGAAAAUGCCUCCAUGAUUAAAGAGCAACUGGGGAGGAGGCUGCUGGUAGGCCUAGUGGGGGACUGCUUGGUGGAGCCCUUCUGGCCUUUGGGAACCGGCAUCGCCCGCGGCUUUCUGGCUGCCUUUGAUGCCGCCUGGAUGGUGAGGCGCUGGGGGAUGGGUGGUGACCCUCUGGACAUCAUAGCUGAACGUGAAAGUAUCUAUCAGCUGCUGUCACAGACAACACCUGAAAACACCAGCAAGACCUAUGGAUCCUACAGCCUUAACCCCAAGACACGGUACCCCAACAUCAACCCGAAAUCCAUCAAGGCCGGCCAGGUACAGCACCUGUACGAUUCUGGGGAUCAGACAGACACCCAAACAUCCAGCAAGGGGCAGAGUGACAAGGGGACACGUGUGUGUGAAGAUUCGCCGGGCAGCUACCAGUAUCUCCUGAGCUGGUGCCAGCACUAUACAGCUGGCUACCAGCAGGUGCGAGUCACGGACCUGACAGAGUCCUGGCGAUCAGGCCUGGCGCUCUGCGCCCUCAUCCACCGCUUCAGGCCUCAGCUCAUUGACUUCUCUUCCCUUGUGGGCUCUGAUGCCGUGUACAACAAUCAGCUGGCAUUCUGCGUGGCAGAGAAGGAGCUGGGCAUCCCCCCCAUCAUGUCGGGCACGGACAUGGCGGCUCCAGGCCAGCCCGACAAGCUCUCUAUGGUCCUCUACCUCACCCAAUUCUACAACAUUUUCAUUGAGAAGGCGCCCCCUACAGAUUGUGUGGGGGUGCCGGGUUCGGGCGCAUCGCUGUCCCGCUCCAGCGCUCGGUCAGUGUCUCUGUUCCUGAGCAAACUGAAACGCAGCUCCGUGCGGAGAGAGAAGAGACUGUCGGCAGAACAGGCAUCAAAGGAGGGGAACAUGGGGGGAGAAGAGGAGGAUGGUCAGCCGCUGUCCCCCCCGCCAACCCCAGGCAGCAGCGACUUGUGCUACUUUUGUGGGCAGCGUGUCUACAUCCUGGAGAGGGAAAGCACAGAGGGCAAGUUCUUCCACCGCAGCUGCUUCACCUGCAACCAGUGCGGUGCUACAUUACGGCUGGGUGGCUACGUCUUCAGUGAGGACACAGGAAAGUUCUGCUGUGCUCAGCAUUCCGAAGAGUUACCACUUACAGAAGCGGAAGAAUGUGUCUGGCACCUCCAACCUGAACCAGCUCUCCAGGAUGACAUUAGGACUUUGGCGGAGCCCUCGGAGACGAAUGGAGGCCACGUUCUGUCCCAGUUCUGCUCAGGGCUACUAGAGGAGGACCAGACCUCUGCUUCUUUGAUAGCGGAGCAUCAGGAGCGACCCACAGGCUUGACUGUCGAACUUCAGAACGGGGUCGUUAGCAAUGCACCUGCUUCUAAGGAGCAGCCAUAUACGUCUCCAGCUCAGUCCCCGGUCAUCACACGCUCUGGUCCAGAGGCUGAUCUCAGGCUCAACCAAGUAAUGGAACAUGGCAAGAGCACGAAUGAACAGACGGAUCCCACUGUGAUCUUGCCCUGCCUUUCGGCGGAGGGACAUCCUCAGGCGGGACUCCCAAUUCCAGCCACCCGCUCCUUGUACCUGUCCAUUCCGGUCGGGGUAAAUGCUGAUAAGGGCCCCUGCGAUGCCACCCCUACCCUUCCUCCAGUGCCCAAGCCACGAGCUCGUCUCCUAAAAACACUCGCAUCUGAGUCACAGGAUGAGGACAAGAAAGAACAGCAGGAGGGUAACGAGAAGCAGGAGCCGAAGGAGGAUGUAGAGGGGGAGGCAACGAGAGGCUUAGGGGACAGGGCCGCAGAGCAGUGUGCCAAAGCGCCGCUGCGGAAGCUGCAGCUAAGCGCUGAGGAGCGCAGCCAUCUCGCCAGCUUCAUCUUUGGGCAGGACUCCGACCCUGAGGUCCCGCCGCCAGCCCUUCCCACGCCCCUGAAACCUCCACGGACUCUGCUAGAGCCCGAGGAUGACGGCUGCACCAGGGCUAACAGCCUGGCAGACUGCACCCGGCAGCAGAAGCACCGCAGGUCAUUCCGCCGGAAAGACGAGCUGGCGGCCAAGGUGCAGGCCCAGGCGCCCAAUCCCAAGGCGCGCUCCAAAUUCUCCCCCUGGAACCUCUCCUCACCUCGGCUGGUCAGAGACCACAGAUUUGUGCAUCUCGGUGUCUACAAAGGGGGAGCAGGAGCAACGUCACCUCCUGUCAUCAAGUUACCAGACGUGGAUGACGAUGAUGCCAGUGAAGAUGAGGAAGAGGAAGAGGAUGAUGAUGAGGAUGACGAAAGCACUUUUUGUACCAGUGACGUCAUGGAUCCGUCUGAAGGCAAGAUGGUCUCUGCUGUCCCAGAAAAUGAGCAGCAGAAGGUUGAGCUUCAAAGGAUGAGGACCAUCGAGCGUCAGGCGAAGCUUUAUGAGAUGCAACGCUUCCACAAAGCUCAGUCCAUUCAGAGGCGCCUGGAGGAGAUAGAGGUGACCUUCAAAGAGCUGGAGGACAAGGGAGUGGUUUUGGAACGAGCACUUAGGGAAGAGGCAGGUCCCUCAGAAAUGAUCAAUCGGUGGAUUGAGCUGGUGCACCAAAAAAACGCCCUGGUGUCUGAGGAGUCUGACCUCAUGGUGGCGUCACGGCAACUGGAGCUGGAAGACAAGCAGAGCAGGCUUGAGGCGGAGCUUCGAAGAUACCUGGAGGUGGAUGAGUCCAAGAAGACAGCCGAGCAGCGGGAGAAGGAGGAGCGAGUGCUGCAGGAGAUGCUGGAGGUGGUGGACAUGAGGAACUCACUAGUGGCCUUUCUGGAGGAGCAGCGGCUGAAGGAGGCCAGCGAGGAGCUGCAGGGAGUCUCCAUUGUAGAGCCAAAGAGGGCGGAGACAGGUGCGGCCCAGGUGCACUGGGCCUGAGCUGACCUGCAGACACACCUCACAUGGCGAUACAGCCGCUCCAGGUCGGCAUGGAUACCGUCACGUAAACACACUGCAACGUGUUUCAGCACACGUGCACAAUCACUCACCUGCCAUCCAGGGCUGCACGAUUCAGGGUAAAAUAUCAAUCACAUUUUUUAUUAUUUUGUUUUUUGCACAGCAUUGAGACUGAGAUUUUCCUUUCAUGAUUCUUAAGCAAUAUAAUUUGUCUGUUGUUUUUGUUAUAUUAUUGUAUUUUUUUCCAUCACAUAUCCCUUCUGAAGAUGAAAAUGGUGUAAAAGGAAACGUUUGGUGUGAUGCUACAGAUCUCAAGCUAAUGCACAAAUGAAAUAAUCUGUGUGAAGUAAAAAAACAAUAAGAUCUCAUAGCGGGAUUUUAUAAACGUUUAGUCGUGCAGCCCUAGUGCCGCAUCUCUUAGGGCAGAUGCACAAGAGCAAGCACUGUGCGCGCACACACACACACACACACACACACACACACUCACUCAGGGUGUCAUACAGAUUAAAUCCGGUCCUACUGGCCAAAUGCAGCCCCAUAAUGCUCUUGGAUGCUGAAACAAACGUCACUGGUCUUACUCUGCCAUUAACUCCAAUCCUAAACUUAUCAUGAAACUGCAGUGAAUGGGCCAGAUCAGGAAAGCUUUCUGCUGCUGUGCCACCUCCCGCAGCAGCCCUCUGCGUCAGAGGACCUUACAGCCCCCACAUCACCUCCUAUUCGGCUUCCGCACGUAAACAUCCCGCCAUAAGAACAUUAGCCACAGAAGCAGUGCUGAGGAGCAAAAGUGCAUCAGACUGUGGUCCAAUCAGGAGACUUUCUCUGCCUGUGACUGUGCAAAGAGGGGACUGCAUUCAGCAAGUGAAAGGGAGCCCUCUGCUGGCUAAAUUACCCGUCACUGCAAUGAAAAUGGCCUUCUGGGAUGCCAGCACGCACUGCCUCUUCAAGCGUUGUGGUAAUAAGUAUUACAAUUAUGCCAACUGUGAUUGCUGUUAUUGCUGCUGUUACUGCGUUUGUCAUUAAUGCCGUCUUUGUUGUUGAGUUGAUCCUUUUUUAAUUUCGUCAAAUUUGAACUGGAGUGUGUGAGUUAACAUGUAACUACGUUACAUUCCCUUGUGGAGUUCAGAUGUUCUGGUGAAAAUGAAAGUGUGUGUGUGCGUUAGUGUGAGCGACACUUACUCAGGGUUAAAUAAAAGAGCUGAGGCCUCUGACAGUGAUGGCAGAACCGUAUUUCAUGUGGCGUUUAACUGGGAGACCAAAGCAGGAGAUGACAGACGGUUUACGGUGGUAUGUCAGAGGUUACUUUUUUUAAAAUAUAAAAUUCAACAAACUAAUAUUAAAUAUUUUAUUGCGCCCUGUUUAUAACCAAUGUGCACCUCAUAUGUACAAUAUGUGCGGAUUUAAGUGCAUCAAUCUGAAACCUUUGUCUGAUAUUGUCGGCCUUUCUGAUCUUAUUUCAUCGUAGAAACGCUGCUGCUGAGAGAGUUGCGUAAUAAACUGUACAUUUGUAA